AUGGUUUCCUCAAAUACUCUUCGGUGUGGGGAUGUUAACCACGUGGAAAAAUCUAAUGCCAAUAAAGUUGGCAUGACUCUACAGGAUCGUUCACGUAAAUCAUCCCCGAAUUUUUUAUUGAGUGGACAGGGGGGCAAGUUCGGUCAAGCACGACCGGGAUUUGCAACACCAGUGCUUAUGAGGAACAAGUCUGCUACGAGUGGUGGCCAGGGGGGCAAGGCCAAUGCCAAACGAAUUCCAAACUCACGUGGAAUUUUAAAAGGGACAACGUUGUUGUGUGAUAGGUGCAAAAGUCAUGUUUGUGCUAAGCAAAGUACCAACGUACCUGUUGAUGAGUCUCACCGCUCAUACUACCAACCACAUGGUGAGAGUGCGAAGCUGACAAAACUAGACCAGUCUAGUCAAGCAAUGUCGCAUGAUCGAAUUGGCAAGACAAAGGUGCCGAAAAACGGGAUUGUCCUGUCUAGAGACAAGAAUGCUUAUGGUUUUCCAGUCCGCGAAGCUAAGAUUAGGCCAAAUCAGGAUCGUGGAGUUUCAAACAAAGAUGUUCGAGCUAGACGAACUGGGGAUUUGCAAGCCAACAUUGAUUCCAAAACAUCAAAACCAACGCGUGUGAAGCCAGCUGUGAUGAAUCAUGGACUUUACGGAUGGCUUGUUUGGUUUGAUCCAUGGAGUUGGCAGUGGGUGUGGACUUUUGGCAUGAUGGUUUAUGCCAAAGUCUAG